AUGUCGGGGCCAGGGGCUCCGGACGAACCCCCGCAGGACGGAUGCAAACGAUCAUGGUGGACGGUAUUCUACGGAGAAACGAAAGAUCGGAAUGACCCAGCUGUUCGGCGACGACGGUGCGAUCCUGCCGGUGACGGUCAUCAAGGCCGGUCCGUGCGUGUCGUCGUGCAACGCAAGACGGUCGAGCGCGACGGCUAUGCCGCCGUGCAGCUCGGGCUCGUCGAGGAGGCUCCUUUCAACGCGAACCGGCCCAUGACCGGUCACUACAAGAAGGCCAAAGUGCCCCCGACCCGGAUUCGGCGGGAAGUCGGCGUGGAGGGCGAUGGACCGGCCGAAGGCGAUCAGGUCGUGGCGUCGGUCUUCGCCGAUGGCGACCGGGUGGAUGUCGUCGGGGUCAGUCGCGGCAAGGGGUUUCAAGGCGUCAUGAAGCGUCACGGUUUCGGCGGUGGCCGCGCGACGCAUGGCUCCAUGUUUCAUCGCGCACCGGGCUCCAUCGGGGCGUCAUCGUACCCCUCGCGGGUCAUCAAGGGCAUGCGUGGGCCGGGGCGCAUGGGUGGCGACCGGGUCACGACCCGGAACCUGCGGGUGCUGCGAGUGGAUGCAGAUGAGCAUAUGCUGGUGAUCAAGGGGGCGAUUCCGGGAGCUCCGGGCGGGGUCGUCAUGAUACGGAAGGCGGUUGCCGCCAAGCCGCAGAGCGCGCCGGUGGCCGAGAAAUCGGCGAAGAAGCGGAAGUAG